AUGCAUCGCGUCAUGGUCGCGGGUGCAGCGGUACAAAACGUGACAAUGCCAAAGUGUCAGGCAAAUGGCAGAGCCUGCAAGCACGGCGGGGCGAAUUCGGCAGUGCAGGCCAAGCUGGCAAGCCGCAAGGGAGAGAAGAAGAAAAUGCACAGCUACACAAGAGGCUGCCGGUCGUCGGGGGUUGAGCACGGGCAGGAGAACCGCCUCGUUCCGCUGAGCCGCUUGUACCUCGAAAGAAAAAGCAGCGUGACCCAGCAGGGAACAGCCCAGCAACCAGCCCAGAGCGCAAGUACCCAGCCUUGCACCACGAGAGAGAGUGAGAGUGAGAGAGAGAAAGAAAAAGAGAGAGAGUGUAUGUGUGUGGUGUGUGUGUAUGAGCGAAAAUGA